UGAAAGUUAAACAUAAAGCGAUUUUUAAGAGUCAUCAUUAGUAAUAAUUAUAUAAUAAUAACUAAAACUAAUCACCGAACUUAUAAAAAGAAGUGUACGAUUAUAAUUGUGAUUAAAAUCUAAAGUAACUAAAAACAAUAAAUCAGUACUUCUUAUUUUGUAUUUAAUCAAACAAUUGUCAAAACAACUUUAAAUUUUAAAAAAAUUACAUUUAGAAAAUAUAAAUAGUGUAAAACACUGGUUCCAGAGAUCAUCCAUCACAAUGAGAGCGACUAAUUUACUUUCAUUUGUUUGGUUAUUCUAUGCUGCUCAAAUUCAUGGCUUCCCUUAUAAUAAAUCGGCUUAUAAAGAAGUAAGGAUAACUGAUGGCACCGUUCUUGGGAAGUUAAUAGUUACACACAAAAAUACCGAAUUUUAUGCUUUUCAAGAUAUUCCUUAUGCUCAACCACCAAUUGGACCACUAAGAUUAAUGGAAGCUUUGCCAGCAUUGCCAUGGGAAGGAGUACUAAAUACCACAGAAAAUUCAAAAAUAUGUUAUCAGUUUAAUCAGAAACAUUUUGAUUCUAGAGAAAACGAAGAUUGUCUUGUUUUGAAUGUUUAUUCUACAGCGGAUCAAAGUGAUGAUGAAUUACUUCCCGUAUUAUUCUGGAUACAUGGAGGAGGAUUUUCAGUUUCGUCGGGAGCUAUAGACUUAUUUGGACCUCAUUAUUUUAUGGAUAAAAAAAUUGUAGUUGUAACUGUCAACUUUAGACUUGGGCCUCUAGGGUUCUUAAGUACAGAUGAUGGUGUACUACCUACAAAUCUUGGACUUAGAGAUCAAAAUCUGGCGCUAAAAUGGGUGCAGAAAAAUAUAGCGAGUUUUGGAGGUGACCCAUCGAAAGUAACUAUAGGUGGUCAAGAGUCGGGAGCAGCUUUAGUUGGAUAUCAUGUAUUUAAUAAAAAAUCACAAGGUUUAUUUAGAGCAGCCAUUCUGCAAAGUGGCUCUCCUUUAUCAUGUAUGGCUCUCCAAAAAAAUUCUAAGAAUUUUGCACAGUCUCUAGCCAAGGCUUUAACACCCAAUAACCAGAGUGACCUUACAUCGCAGGAAAUUUUACAUAUAAUUAAAACAGCAGAUAUAGAACAGUUAAAAACAGAAACUAUUAAACUUCAGAUUGCGAGGAGUUUUCGCCCAGACUUCGCCAACUGUCUUCCAAUGGCCUCAUAUCCUAUGAGUGCUGUAAAAGAGGACGAAAAUGAUGAAAAUGCUUUUGUAACGGGCAUGAACCACGAGAGAUUGAAAAACGGAGAUAUAAAUCGAGUUCCCACUUUGCUCGGCUUCAAUUCAGAAGAAGUGUUAGUUUAUAAUGUAUCUAAGCUACUUGUUCAAACUAGUUUAAUAGAUUUGAACGUUAGUCUUGCCGUUGUUGCAAACUUGAUCAUGGCAGAUGAAAAUAGAAAAGAGGCUGGAAAGGAACUGACAAAAUUAUAUACUAACUCUACACUUGCCUCAACUCAAUUGGGUUCCGUAGGUUUUAUGGGUGAUUGUGCAUUUACCACACCAAUCGCCAGACAUGCUCUUUUGCAAUCUCAAUACACAGACGUUUAUUUGUACCAAUUCUCGUAUCUCGGAAUCUUGGGAAGAUAUGAAUAUACCGAUAUUGAAGGUGCCUCUUAUGUUGGAAAUAAAGAAGAAUUGGGGUAUUUUUGGCAUAAUGCGACUGCUGAUAAUCUGGACCAAUUUCCCAAAGAAGAUAUUUUGACCCAUGAGCGGGUUAUGGAAAUGUGGUCACAAUUUAUAAAACAUUUGAAUCCUACUGGUAAUAACUCUGAAGUAUUAGGAGAUUUCAAAUGGCCUAAAGUUGCUGAAGAAGACUUCUUAUACUUAGAUAUUAAUUCAGAAUUAACAGUAAAGAGUGGACCAAAGAAGUAUUUUGACUAUUCUAGAGUUUAUUCAAAAUAUGGAUCAGAAAAGUUUGAUACAUAUUAAAAGUAGUAUGUACCUAUUAAAUUAAUAAAAAUAUUAUGAAAAAUUAA